UAUACACUUCUCUCCUUGAGCUGCAAAUGUUUGUUGUUGUCAAACUUAUCGUUGUCGUCUGUAGUUAACAACAAUUAGUAAACAAUAAUUAUUGAUAAGUUAAUCAAUUCUGGAACAGUGAUUAAUAAUUGUGCGUGUCUAUUUUUUUUUUUUGUUUAUAACUAAAUACAUUUUUUUUUGAGGGAAAAUAUAAGGGAAACAUAGUUUGCGUGUUGAGAGUGUUUGGGGCGGGGGACAUAGGAAAGAAUCGGCGCCACCCAAGCCGUCAUCCAUCAUGGUCGGUGACGUUCGGCCGUUUGAUUCGUCGAGCCGGAGUCACGUGGUCUGUUAAUUGGGUUGCCGUGGGCGGUGCCACACACCAACAGUAAACACGAUCCCACCGAGAGCGAAGGAAGGAAGGUGGCUGUGGUGGGGGAGCGACGAAAAAGAAAGGGAAGCUUUACGAAUAGGACCCUAGUGCGCCCACGAAUCCCCCUCGUAGCGGCCCUCUCUCUCACGCAUCUCUCGAUCGACGUGGAGCCUCUUCUCCUGCGGGCGAAGAUCCCAAAAAAUUAAUGAUCAUGAGCUCGUUUUUGAUGAACCCUGUCUCUGGGGUCGCCCUGCCGUCCAGCUACCAGCAGCCGCAGCACCUCUCCGCCGGCGUCGUCGACCCGAAGUUUCCACCCAGCGAGGAGUACAGCCAGAGCAACUACAUCCAAACCACCGGCGACUUCUUCGGAUCGCACCACCUGAACCAACCCCAACAUCAUCUGCAGUAUGGAUAUCAUCACAACCAUCACCAGACUGCGACGCCGUCGUACGCCCCGUCCUCAGUGCCCAUCGCCAACGGCGGCUACGGUUAUGGUAACUACUACCAUCCGCAGAUCCACCAUACGGCUCCCAUCCAUCAAAUCCGGCCGCCGAUGCCGCCGAUACAUCCUGACGCGAACCAUCAGCAGCAGCAACAACAGCAACCACCUCCGACCUCCGCGAACAGUAUCUUGCAGAACCUAGCAGAAAUCGCGCCCGCCGUUACCCAAUCUAGUGAUGUGAACUCGAGUGUGUGUAGUCCGGGAUCCGGGCAGGACUCAAAGGGUUCACCCUCGGGUGGUCAGCGCACCCUGCAAGAGCUCGGUCUGCGAUUAGAGGACAAUGGAUCCGAUGAGCAGGAGGAUUUGGAUUACGACGGGGAAGGGUCGCCCUUAAUGGACGAGGACGACGACGAGGAGGAAGGUGACAGGGUCAUUUAUCCUUGGAUGAAGAAGAUACACGUCGCAGGAGCAGCAAAUGGAUCGUUUACACCAGGAAUGGAACCGAAGAGACAGAGGACGGCGUACACGAGACACCAAAUCCUGGAGCUGGAAAAAGAGUUCCACUACAACAGGUAUCUGACGAGGCGGAGGCGCAUCGAGAUCGCCCAUACCUUAGUUCUGAGCGAGAGACAGAUCAAGAUCUGGUUCCAAAACAGGAGGAUGAAAUGGAAGAAGGACAACAAGCUACCGAACACGAAGAACGUGAGGAGGAAAACGAACCCGGCCGGAGUGGCGGCGAAAGGGGGCGGCAAGGCCAGGGGUGGCGGCAAAUCGCAGCAGACGUCCGGCGGAACACCACCCAACAACAACGACAAGAGGAAGAACAACAAUCAGGGCAGAGGAGACAUGGACGGUCUCGGCGAGAAUAUGCUGGACAUGUCCCUUUCCGGCCACCAGAUUCCAUCGACGAUCGGGGGACAUUCCCAUGCGCACCCCAUGUCCAACACCAAUCUCCACCAUCCAGGAAUGCUGCACGCCGACUCGGGGAUGCACAUAAGCUCACUCGCCCAAUCCCUGACACCCCUGUCUUCAUCCCCUGGCUGUGCGACCCAACAGAACCCCCCCAUAAAAUCGGACUACGGACUCACCGCCCUAUAAAAAACAACCAACAACCCUCCUUCAAAACAAACAACAAGAAAAACUAGUGACCAAAAAAAAAACAACACCACCAGUGAAAGCUCAAAAAGUGCUUAUGAAAAAAGACAGAAACAGUAUAGUUCCCCCAGAAUCCGCCGACAAUACAAAAGUGAAAAUAUUUACACGAAUAAAAAGACACUCCUUAUUACUUGUUUCUUACAUACAUAUAUAAUUUCUCUUUAGUCAGCAUUAUCCAAAUAUUGUAAGUCUCGAAAAUUAUUAUUUUUUU